AUGGCUGCGGCACGGAAAAUCAAAACUUUGCUGACGGUGAACAUCCUGGUGUUCGUUGGCAUCGUGUUGUUCUCGGUGUACUGCCGGAUCCAGGACCGGUCUGAGGAGUUCGUGCAGCUCGGGAGGUCGGCGGAGGUGCGUGCACGGACCCGACACGGCAAAGUUACCGACACGGACCGGCAGUCCAUCCUGCAGAGACUGGAGAGGCUGGAGGAUGUGGUGUACAACCAGCUCAACGGAGUGUCGAAGGCGAUGGGGCUGUUGGAGGGUCCUGGAGGUCUCGGUCAGGGAGGAGCUGCAGCCACACUUGGGGGUGAAAGUCCAGAAGGCGGGGGCAAAUAUGAAGAGUACGGCUACAACGCCCAGCUGAGCGAGCGCAUCUCCCUCGACAGGAACAUUCCCGACUACAGGCCUAAGAAGUGUAAACAGCUGACAUAUCCUAACGACCUGCCACAGAUCUCAGUGGUGUUUAUCUUUGUGAAUGAAGCUCUGUCGGUGAUCCUGCGCUCUGUACACAGCGUGGUCAAUCACACUCCAGCUCACCUGCUCAAGGAGAUCAUCCUGGUGGACGACAACAGCGACAGCGUGGAGCUGAAGUAUAAUCUGGAUCAGUACGUCAAUAAACGUUAUCCAGGAUUAGUGAAGAUCGUGAGGAACUCAAAGAGGGAAGGACUGAUCCGUGCUCGGAUUCACGGCUGGAACGCCGCUACGGCUCCUGUAGUCGGCUUCUUCGACGCUCACGUGGAAUUUAACACAGCCUGGGCUGAGCCGAUCCUGUCCCGGAUAAAAGAAGAGCACACUCGGAUCAUCCUGCCUGCGAUAGAUAACAUCAAAUACAACACCUUUGAGGUGCAGCAGUACGCUAACGCCGCUCACGGCUACAACUGGGGCCUGUGGUGCAUGUACAUCAUUCCUCCUCAGGAUUGGCUGGAUAAAGGAGACGAGACCGCCCCCAUCAGGACUCCUGCCAUGAUUGGCUGCUCGUUCGUGGUGGAUCGUGAGUAUUUUGGAGAAAUCGGCCUCCUGGAUCCAGGCAUGGAGGUUUAUGGAGGAGAGAAUAUUGAACUGGGGAUGAGGGUGUGGCAGUGUGGGGGCAGUAUGGAGGUUUUGCCCUGUGCCCGAGUUGCUCACAUUGAACGCACUAAGAAACCAUACAACAACGACAUUGACUACUACGCCAAGCGGAAUGCCCUGAGGGCUGCUGAAGUCUGGAUGGAUGAGUUCAGGUCCCAUGUCUACAUGGCAUGGAACAUCCCCAUGAAUAAUCCCGGGGUGGAUUUCGGAGAUGUGUCAGAGCGAGUGGCACUGAGGAACAGACUGAAGUGUAAGAGCUUCCGCUGGUACCUGCAGCACGUUUACCCGGAGAUGAGGAUCUACAACAACACCAUCACGUACGGCGAGGUGAGGAACAGUAAAGCGAGCGGUUAUUGUCUGGAUCAAGGCUCAGAGGAUGAUAACAGAGCGAUACUUUACCCCUGUCACGGCAUGUCGUCUCAGUUAGCUCGGUACUCCACAGAGGGCCUGCUGCAGUUAGGACCCCUGGGCUCCACCACGUUUUUACCAGACACUAAAUGUCUGAUUGAUGAUGGGCGGGGUCGAAUACCCAGCUUAAAGAAAUGUGACGUAGUGUCGCGAUCCUCGCAGAGACUUUGGGAUUUCACACAGAAUGGGCCGAUUAUAAACAGAGACACUGGGCGCUGUCUGGAGGUGGAGAUGUCGAAGGAGGCGAGUUUUGGGCUGCGGUUGGUGAUGCAGCGCUGCUCGGGUCAGAAGUGGAUGAUUCGGAACUGGAUUAAACACCCCAAACACUGAGGAGCUGAGGAACACCACACUGCCUCCUCUCUGCCUCCACGGUCAGCCUGCUCACGGCGCUCUGUCUGUGUGUGUGUGUGUGUGUGUGUGUGUGUGUACACGUGCGCUCGGCCCGGAGACACUUUUUCCUCAGCAGGCUGUUAGACAAGAUGGCGAAGACGUGAAAACGGUGAUCUUGAGGAGUUAAUGUUUGAAGAGGAAGCUCUGAGGGACGCACACCGUUUGCACAGACAGACGGCUGCUGGAGUUACGGACAGAGUAACCACGGUUACAGACUGAUCAACUCACACAUACAACAUUUUAAAGUAAUUAUGAAAAUGCAACGCUUUUCAAACCGUUCCAGUUCUGUUCUCGACGUGUCGACUUCUCCUCGCCGCCUUCAACCUCGUUUCAUGACUUCAUCAGCUGUUUGGUGAGGGAUCGAGUCCCAUCACAUACAAACACCAGCUAGCACACACUCUAACCAGCUAACGCACAUGCUAACCAGCUAACACACACACACACACACACACACAAAAACCAC